AUGGAAUUGCAAACUGUGUUAACGAAGAGAAAGAAGAAAAAACAGAAUCAAAAUGAAAUGAAUCUGCGAUCACGUAUAAACAAAGAUAAUUACGAAACUAAUUUUCAAGAUAACGAUAAUGAACGUUCGUUUUCCAAUAACACAAAUAUCGCGAAAGAUACGAAAGAAUUUUUUCCAACAUUCAAUAUAGAUAAUAAGUCCAAAUUAUUUGCUAAUGCAGACUCCAUGAAUUCUUCGGAAUUUACAUCGAUGGAUGUUGUUGUCGACAUUCAUCAAGAAUAUGAAAAAGAGAAAUCACACAGCGACGAUAUUGAACAAGAUGAAUCGUCGAAUAAGAGAAACUCGUUUUUAACGGAAUCCAGAAAUGCGAAAGCAUUUUCGAAAACGAACACUCACAUUCACGAGAAAAAGAUCGACAGAUCGAAGAUCAAUUCGAAACAUCAAAAUUUCCCGAGAGAUGACGAUGACAUAAAAGUCAUAGAUUCGUUGGAUUUGAUCGAAGAAUUUCGAGAACCUCUGAUCGAAGGAGAGGAUGAAAAAAAGAUUCAGUCAGCGACAACUAAUAAAUCAAGUAGAAAGAAUAUCAAUCAAUUGUUUGUCGAGGGAAAGUCACAUGGCAGAAAACAAUGGAUCAAGUCAAAAGAUGAAACAAGAGAGAUAAAGAAACCAACGAGGAAAAGAUGGUCGAAAGAUAACACUGUAAUUCGACUACCGGAGGCUAGAAGCAGUUCUUGGACGAUUGUAUCGCCAGAAAAUGCAUCUUCGAAGUUCGUUCAUCAACGUCCAGGAAAACUCUCUUCGAAGAAGACGUUAUCUGGCUUUGACAACGAGGCGUUCGACUUGGAAGAAAUUCUCACGAUCGAGACUGAUUACGACCGAGACAAUCCGAAAAUUGAAAUGAACGAAAUGACUCACGGUGUAGAGGGACUGGAGCUUUUCAUGCUCGAUAAUCGAAGUGUUCGAGAUUCAUUGAGCGAUGAAAAUAAAUGUUUCAAGGAAACGGCGAUUGAGGAUUUCAAUGAGUUUGCGAAUGUGGACAGCAAAAGAUCUGAAAGUCAAAGGAAAAAUGCAAUGUCGGACACUGAACGCGCUGACAACUUUAAUCGUGAUGAUAUGUCUUUGAAGGAUAGAACAAAUCGUGGAUUAACAAACAAGAGAAAAAGUUUCGUAGAAAAGAAUGAUAAAAGUGUUUCUGAUCAUUCGAAUAGUUCGCAAAGCUUGGAAGAAAUCGCUGCACGAUCAGACGAUCAUCUCUCUGAAGAGCUAUCCAAGAAGGAUGAUCGAUUUUUGGUGAAAAGUAAUCGAAAGCAUUUUAUCGACAAGGAAAAUCCAGCGUCUGCCUCUGAGGAUGACAAUCUCGAUGAGGAUCGUUUAAUAAGACAUUCUGCGCGAUAUUCGGCAACUACUUCCGAAGACGACGAUUUCAACGAGACUUGUUCUAGAGGAAUAUACGAUCACGCCAAGUUAGGGAGAUCUGAUACAAAGAGAAAGAAAUCGAAAUUUAGAACAGAACAUCGGUCUCAAAAGAAGGGUAAAGAAAAGAGAUUUAGUAAAAUUGCUUUGGCGCACGCACCGAGUAUUGACGUCGAGGAAGAUUCCAAAAAAAAGAAAAGGCGAAAGAAGAAGAAUAACGUGAAGUAUAUGUCCGUGACGAUUCAUAGAACAGAUAUGUUAGAGAUCGACUACGUGACGAAACAUCCGAUGGUAAAGGUGCAUAUUGUGAAAGCUGAGAAUGGAAAGUAUUUGAAAAGUGAACACGGCGCGAGUACAUAUCUACAGCCAGUAAUAACGGGGAAAUUUGAUUUCAAAGAAAAUAAAUCUAUAAUACCGGUAUGGGAAGAAGAGCUCAUCUUCGAGAAUGACUUCAAAGAGAUUCUUAAAAUUGAUAAUGAACAGGUUGUAAUUCUCUUUGAAAUUGUCGAUCUUCUGAGUCAUGAAGCUUGCUGGUACAAAGUUGCAUGGGCUUUUCUAAAGCCUGUAGGACGGAACCAAGUGUUGCAUAUUGACAAAAAGGUCAGAUUACAAUUGUACAGGCCUAGAAAAAAUUCACAUAAGUUUGAUAGAUUUCACACGUGCGAAGUGUACACGUGGUGGAAGUCGAAUGUCCGAGAGAAAUAUCCUAGUAGUCUAUUUGUUACUGUAAAAUCCAUCGACCCGCCUAAAUUGGAAUCUGUUUUUUAUCGGCAAUUAUCAUUACGUGAUAUAUCUAACAUACACAAUGAAUCACAAAAGAUAUCCGCUCAAACUUCAGAUUCUAUAAACUUACCAAAAUGGACUAGAUUAGCUGCACAAUCAUGUAAAAUACCAAAUGAAAUUUUCUUCGAAACGGACAUUGGCGAAAAUGGAUGUUUUUAUAUUGCUUAUAGCAACAAUGGCAAAUACUUGGCUUGUUGCUUCUCCGAAGAACACGAUUACCCUAUCAUUGUCUACGAGGUUGAAGCAAAGAAGAUUCACGUACGGUUUUCAGGACACAAAACUUUCGUUUACUGCCUCAAUUGGUCCAACAAUGAUAAUUAUUUGCUUUCUGUUUCAUCAGAUCAAACUGCCCGUAUUUGGGAUAUACAGAAUCAAAUUGUAGAAUAUAUAGAAAUGAUGCCUCAUCCAUCCUAUGUGUACUGUGGUAAAUUUGAUCCCGAAAACUCUUCGAUAAUAGCAACUGGUUGUUACGAUCGCAUAGCGCGUAUUUGGAUGCGAGAUAAAAAAUUAAAAAAUUGGGAUCUUAAUCAAGAACUGGAGGGUCAUGAAGGUUUUGUAAAUUCUAUGUAUUUUCAGAAGAAUAGUAACUUAUUAACAGCAGACAGCGUCGGGAUAAUAAUAAUAUGGAUGUUAAAAAAAAAUCGAAAAAUAUUAUCUAAGAAGGAGUGGCACAUAUCACGAAAAAUAAAGGUCAGAGAAAUCGACGGUAUAAUAAUUAACACAAUUAUUUUGCAUCCUUUGGAGUCUAGACUUCUUGUUCAUUCAAGAGACAAUGGAUUAAAAAUGUUGGAUCUCGCAACUGGAGUAGUGUUGCAAAAGUACAAUGAAUUAAACAAUCAGAGAAUACAGUCGACAGCUUGUAUUUCUCCUUGCGGCAAUUUAAUCUUUUGUGGUGGUGAAGAUUCAUCUUUGAACGUUUGGAAUUUAGAAACUGGGAAUCUUCUCGCAAGAUAUACUUUUGAUCGACAUUAUCGAGCAGUAACUUGCGUAGAUUAUCAUCCGUAUGAUCACGUAUUAGCCUUCUCGACUUUUGGUAGUCCUGCUUCGGUAAGAAUUUUAAGAUUUAACAAGGAUGCUACGGGUGAAAAUAUAGGAUUAAAAAUGGUGGGAACGAUCGAGAACGCAGUGAAUAACAACGAUAUUUCCAUGAGAUUCUUAAACACAUCCGUGUUUAAAGAAAUGCCCAAAGAAAAAUUGAGAUUGAGUAAUACGAAAAAAAUAAUCGAAGAGGCUUCGCAGUCUUGCAGAAGCUUGCAAUCUAGUCAAAGUUACAACUCCAGUUUUCUUAAGCUUUCUGAUAAUGUUGUUUUAGAAAAAGAUAAGUACAGUGAUACAAUGUGUAAUGAUACAAAGACGAAACUUCAACUAUUAAAUGAAACUGGACAAACAAUGAAAAGUCGCAGUGCGAAUCGUUUGUAUAAUAUUAUUGAAAAGAUUGACAGAAUUUUAUCAAAUACGUCAAAAUCGUCGGGUGAUAUUGAGUCUGGAAGGAAUUUUGUCCUUCUUCAGGAAUCAAGUGAGAGUAAACUCUUAACAAGUUUAAAUAAAAACAUAGAAAAACAGAAGAAGAAACUGAGAAAAAAUAAAUCUACAAAUUUAAGUAUCGAAGAUAAAUCGAGUUCUUAUAUUGAGUCAAGCGCAACAAGUAGCGAUAAACCGAAAGUUGUAGAAUGUUACACGAUACAAAAUGAAAGACUAAAUGAUUGGAACAUGAAAAAAAGAUCAAAAAGUGCAAAGGAAAUAAGAAGUAGUAACAUAUUUAAAGAUGAUAUAUCAAAAACUUUCUCUGAUAGUGCUACAAAUUAUCAGAAGAUUAAAGUACAUGACGAAGUCACAACAAUUUCAUCGCAAGAAAAUAUCGAGCCAGAUUUUACUAUUAAAGAGAAUGAUAAAAAAUUAAUAACUUAUCAUAAGAAUAGUCUUCUUAAGAAGGAUAAUUCAGAUUCAACCGAUAGCACUGGAACGUACAUUGUAGAAAAAAAUGACGUAAAAGAUAAUGAUAAAGAUUCGAUGUGUGAAAGGAAAAAUUUAGUUUUAAAUAGUACAGAAAGUGAAGUGAAUGUAAAAUAUUCCGAAAGUAAUAGUUCUAUACCUAGCAAUGCGACUUUUAUUAUUGAGGAUGAAAUUUCUAUAUCAAAACCAAAGAGAAACAGUAAAUCUAGUCUGAAAUAACUUUUUUUUUUUUCUUGAGAAUAUAAAUAUAAAAAUCUGAUAUUUAUUUUCACUAUUUAAUUUACAGUACUUUACACCUGUACUUUACACCUGUUUUACCCUCUAUGCUGUAAAUUAAAUAAUAGGUAAAUUAAAUAUUGUAUAUUACUACUAAGUUUAUUUAUAACUUUAUACCUGUAAUAGUGCUUUUUGCAUAGCUUGUUAAUAAAUAUCGUAUUUAAUAUGUGUGUUAUCAUUUAUGCAAUGACAUUUUUCUAUUAUAUCUUUCUAUUUGUACCAUUUAAUGUACAUAAUUUAUAUAAUUUCUUUCAAAAUUAAUUUUACAAUUAUAAUAUUCAGUUAUGAUAUCGAGACGAAUUAA